UAUAAAGUUCUUUAUAAGCCCCCUCGCGGCGCGAGAUCUUGCUGAUGACUCGAUGGAGGAUGAUCACUGAUAUUCAUGACACGUGGUAGGCAACGAGGCAAGUACUUUUGUCUCCCCGCAUUGCACUCUUAUGGACCGCGGGCGCUCGACGGGGCAUUCCACGCGCCAAUCGCUAGCUACCCGGGGUGGUCGAAACAUCCCUGGCCCGCCUGAUCCGACUCAUAACACAAGCGCACCAUUAGAUCAAGGACGCUCGACAGAUCGUUCUGCGAGUCAAUCCCUUGCAGCCCGUGGCCGUACAAGCUUCCGCGGCCGUAGCUUUUCUGGUCUGUCUGACCCAAUCCGCAAUCAGACUUCAUCGCUCUCAUCGCCAAGCAUCCCCUCGCCAAGCAUCCCCUCACCAAGCCCCGAUUUUAGCAUUUCUCCUCCAGCGGCCGAAACCCUAUGGGAUAAUGGCAUUCUGGGUGGCAGGAUCGACGUCAGCUGCAACACUGGAGCUCAGGAACCACUACUUCACCUGGUCGAAGAGGCUGUUGAGCCUGAUGAGUCUCCGCCGGCUUUUGAUCCACACUCACUCAUACAAUGCAUCUUGAUUCUGUGCGCAUGGUUUCAUACUCAGCAUCAUGUCUCUUUUCGGGCAAUCUCUAUGCUUCUCUGGGCAAUCACUUUUGUGCUCACUGUUGUCCCGGGAAAUGUUCUUGGGGAAGAGUCACUUCCCAUGACUCUGAAGACUGUCUUCGCGAGGCUGAACAUACACGAUCAAUUCAAAAUCCACCCAAUCUGUCCUUGCUGUCACUCUAUCUUCCCUGAUGUCUCCCCAACUGAUACAAAAUGCCCUAGUUGCGAUGCGGCAAUCUACCUGACUCGUUCACAGUUAUUGGUGGAUCGUCUUAGAGAUAUCACUGGGAUGGAAGAGGAUGCUAG